AUGUCGUUAACGUUCACCACAAGGGCAGUCGCUCUAAGGAGAGCCAUUCCAAAUGCAUUCAUACCUGGGACGCGUUGUCUAUCCACAAAGACCCAAACUCUCAAGGAAAGGUUACGUGAACUUAUUCCUGAACGACAGGCUGAAGUCAAGGCUGUUCGUAAAGAAUUGGGUGAAAAGUCGUUGGGGAAUACGACUGUUGAUAUGGCUUAUGGUGGUAUGCGAGGAAUCAAGGGUUUGAUAUGGGAAGGGUCGUUGCUUGAUGCUGAAGAGGGUAUUAGAUUCAGAGGAUACACCAUCCCUGAGUGUCAAAAGAUGCUACCAAAAGCUGCAGGUGGCAACGAACCCCUACCAGAAGGUCUCUUUUGGCUGCUCGUAACGGGUGAAGUACCAACACCAGAGCAAGUCAAACAAGUAUCUGCCGACUGGGCAGCCCGUUCCGCAAUCCCCUCAUACGUAGAAGAUAUUCUAGACAGAUGUCCCAACACGCUCCAUCCCAUGAGUCAAUUCUCACUAGCAGUCACUGCCCUACAGAACGAAUCUAGCUUUGCCAAAGCCUAUCAAAACGGUGUCCGCAAGACGGAGUACUGGGACUAUACAUAUGAAGAUGCCAACGAUCUGAUUGCCAAACUACCCAAUAUCGCAGCUAGGAUUUAUAGAAACAUAUACAAGGACGGCAAGGUAGCUGACGUAGACCCAAACUUGGACUAUGGAGCAAACUUCUCCCGCAUGCUUGGAUACACCGAUCCUCAAUUCUUUGAACUGAUGCGACUCUACUUGACAAUCCAUUCAGACCACGAAGGUGGCAACGUAUCUGCCCACGCAACCCAUCUAGUCGGCUCGGCACUCGCAGACCCAUACCUCUCCUUCGCCGCCGGCAUGAACGGUCUCGCUGGUCCACUGCAUGGACUCGCAAACCAGGAAGUAUUACGCUGGAUUAUGAAGAUGCGGGAUGAAAUCGGUACCAAUGUAUCCGACGAUAAAGUAAAGGACUAUAUCUGGAAGACACUUAAAUCUGGACAGGUCAUUCCAGGGUAUGGCCAUGCUGUAUUGCGAAAGACGGAUCCGAGAUAUACAUGUCAGCGUGAAUUCGCUUUGAAGCAUCUACCUGAAGACCCAUUGUUUAAGUUGGUGGGUCAGAUCUUUAAGGCUGCGCCUGGUAUCCUUACAGAGCAUGGAAAGACCAAGAACCCUUGGCCUAAUGUCGAUGCCCACUCUGGCGUUCUUCUGCAACAUUACGGCUUUGUUGAACAGGACUACUACACUGUCCUGUUUGGUGUCUCUCGUGCUUUGGGAGUCAUGACUGGUCUGAUCUGGGAUCGUGCAUUGGGAUUGCCAAUUGAACGACCAAAGUCUUACACAACUGCAGCCAUCAAGACGAUGUUUGCCAAAUAG